CCAAAUGCAGCCGCAGGUGCUGCACAUAAAAUUGUGCCUAAAUCUGUAAAUUGAUUGAUUGUAAGUGAUUGGAAUAGUCAAAAGACAAUUUGAUGCAACUACCAAAGAAGGAUUACUUGCGAUUGUGUGGAGGUUAAGUUUACAUCACAUCCGUGGAGGAAGGCACCGUGGAAGAUACGCGCAAGGACGGUGGGUCGGUAGCGGCAGUCGAGCAACUGAACAGUGGUGCAUCAUCGGGAGUGAUUCCGUCGAUUGACUUGGCCAUGGCAUUAAGCAAACAACAAAUCUUGAACACAGCGAGCAACGAUGGUGCGCUGCCUCUGACCAGCGUUAGUGACAGCGAAUGGCAUCCGGUGCGGGCAGUCUCCGGAGAUGGUGGCGGGAAUGGAGUGCCCCAGCUGUACACGCGCCCUGUCAGUGAGGCGACGCCGAUUCCAUCGAUAGCUCGCAAAUGUCCCGCGUUGGAGCGUAACUGGCCCAUCACGUCGCAACCGGUCGCAUUGUUGAUCGUAUUUGGCCUUCUGUGGGCCGUAGCGUACGCCAUCCUACCGACCGAACUGUCCCAUCCUGCCGGCGGCCUGAUGCGACUCGUGUUUCUGUUCGUCGGUGCCCAGGCCUGCGGCAUUCUCGUUUCGCUCACCGGACUACCGGACAUGCUCGGUAUGCUGUUUUGGGGCGUACUGUACGCCAACGUAGGCUGGGCCGACUUUACCGGAUACGAGCGGGUCGAGGUGUUUCUGCGCGAGAUGGCGCUCGUCAACAUAAUGCUGCUGGCCGGGCUGGGGCUGGACUACACCGCCCUACGGAGUCUGUUUCGCUUCAUCAUGCAGCUCACACUGGUGCCGACCGUGGCAGAGGUUGUGGCCGUCACGGUGCUUUCACAUUACCUUCUCGCUUUACCGUGGCUUUGGGGUGUUUUGCUCGGCCUGGUCGUAACUGCCAUCUCGCCGAACGUCGUCGUUACCGUGCUGCUGCGGCUGAAGGAGGAACGACUCGGCCUGAAUAAAGGAAUUCACACAUUAAUCAUCGCCAUGACAAGCUGUAAUGAUGUUCUGGCAAUUUUCCUGUUCGGCGUCAUUCUGGGUGUGAUAUUUUCCACCGGCGAUCUCACCAGCCAGAUCCUGCAGGGACCGAUCGGUAUCGUAAUUGGGCUCGUCUACGGGAGUCUGUGCGGUCUGGCGCUGCUGUACGUGCCCUCUUAUCACGCGAAAUACACCAACGGGUUGCGGUUUGCAAUGACUGCCCUGGCCGGUACGCUGUCGGUGGUGGGAAGCAAAAAGGUGGGCUACCCUUCGGCAGGUGCGCUCGGUUGCAUCGUGACGGCGUUUGUUGCCGGCACGGGAUGGCGCAAACGGCCCCCGACUGAGUGCAACGAGGUGAGCAUGUAUUUGGAUCUGCUGUGGAAAUUUCUGAAGCCGGUAUCGUUUUCCUUGAUCGGGAAAGAGGUGAACUUUUCGGUGCUGGAAGGCGAAACGGUCCUGUACGGUGCGAUCACGCUGCUUGCGGCGGUGCUGCUGCGAUUGGGUUUCUCCUAUCUUUCUGCGAUGGGCAGUGAGCUAAACUGGAAGGAAAAGGCGUACGUCACGCUAUCGGGGUUUCCCAAGGCUACCGUGCAAGCUGCGCUGGGACCGGCCGCUCUGGAUCUUGCCCGUAGUCUAAAUGCAACGGAGGAGUACGCGCGGGCACAAACCGUACUGAUCGUAACGGUGCUGGCAAUUAUUCUGACUGCUCCGCUUGGUGCGUUACUGAUGAUCAAGUUGGCUCCGCGCUGGUUAAAACGAUCAACGGAUGACCGGACGGACCAAUACCAAUAAGAAACACGAAAGCACGCAGGAAGUACUUAAUGUGUGAAUACUUACUUGAAACUUGGUACUUUAUUACUUAAUUAGUAUAAAAGAGCUUUACGAGCCUUAAGCAACUGGACAACAUGUUUAAUUGUACGUCCCAUUUUCUUCUUAAUGUAUGUUACUUAUAUAAAUAGAAUCCUAAAAAAACCUAUCAAUCCAGCUACUUAAACCAUCGAACCAAAAAUGUUAAUGAAAAUAAUAUUUUAAUAAAAAUGGUAUGGUUGACAUAAUAAGGAGAAUACGGUUGGCAGAGUUCGGUGUGCAAUGUGUAUCCUUCCUGCCAAGAUCUAUAGGAAAGCAAUAAAACGCUCACCGUCA